AUGGAUGAAUUGCAGGAACUGGUAACCCAUGACAACCACGUAGGAAGAGAAGCCACCGAUCCGGCAGCAACAGCGACGAAGACGUCGAAGCUAGAGUUAACGGUCGACGACGUGAUCGAAGAAUACGUCGGGUCGAUCGGGUUUUCGCAACUCAUACAUGUCUUCUUGGUGUCCUUCGCAUGGAUUUUUGAUUCACAGAACACCUUGGUUACUAUCUUCAGUGACGCGCAGCCGUCAUGGACAUGCAAGGGUGGCGGGUCAUGGUGCAAUCCGGGUUCGACCGGGUCGGUCUGCAAUAUCGAACCUGGGUAUUGGGAGUGGAUCGGAGGCAACAUUAGCUCGACGAUAGCUGAGUGGGGACUCGUCUGCGAUCAGAAGUUCCUUGCUGGCAUACCCGCGUCCUUGGUCUUCCUUGGUUCGAUCUUGGGAUCUGCUGCUUAUGGCUGCCUGGCAGACUCAUAUAUAGGAAGGAAGAAAGCAGUGCUUCUAUCAUGCCUCUUAACAUCCAUAACUGCAUUCCUCACAUCCUUUUCUCCUAAUGUUUGGAUCUAUUCCCUCCUUCGAUUCUCAAAUGGGUUUGCUCGGUCCGGCAUUGGAAUUUGCUGCCUUGUCCUCUCCACAGAAGUUGUAGGCCGAAAAUGGCGAGGCCAAGUUGGUCAAUUUGGCUUCUUAUUCUUCACUGCAGGCUUCCUUUCACUUCCCUUGAUUGCCUACCCAAACAGAACCUCUUGGAGAAACAUCUACAAGAUCAUUUCCCUUUUCCCCUUUCUCUACUCUAUUUUGAUCCUUCCUUUUGUGUCUGAAUCACCUCGUUGGCUCAUUGUUAGAGGAAGAAACAAGGAAGCUAUGCAAAUCUUAAAUAGGUUGGCAAGACUGAAUGGGAAGAAACUUCCACAGAAUUUAGCCAUCUCACACUCAUCCACCAACCUGAAUGAAUCUGUUUCAACCAAGAGCUUGUGGUCUACAAGAUGGGCUGCUAGAAGGAUGCUCACAGUUAUGAUUGCUGGUUUUGGAAUUGGGUUUGUAUACUAUGGCCUCCAACUAAACGUCGAGAACUUGAAUUUUGAUCUCCACUUCACGGUCGCAGUAAAUGCCCUUAUGGAAAUUCCGGCAGUGUUCAUUGGUAGUAUGCUACUGAGCUUCACAGACCGCCGUCUUCUCACCUCAUCAUCAGCUUAUAUCGCUGGAGCGUCGUGCAUCCUCUGUAUCUUCUUCUCUAGGAAGAACACUGGCAAAAAGGAACAAGUGGAGGGUGAAGCUAAAAAUAGCUGGCCUCAGUUAACCAUGGAAGCAAUUGGAUUCAUGGCAGCUUCAACAGCCUUUGAUGUACUAUACAUUUACUGUGUUGAGCUGUUCCCUACAAAUGUCAGGAACUUCGCUGUAUCAAUGUUGCGACAAGCACUGAUGCUGGGAGCAUCAAUUGCACCACUUCUGGUAGUGUUAGGCCGUUUGAGCCCAUCACUCUCUUUCCUGGCAUUUGGAGCCCUUGCUAUAUUCAGUGGGCUUGUGACGAUAUGGUUUCCUGAGACUAGGAAUGCCCCUCUUUAUGAGACAUUGGAGCAGCAAGAGGAGGAAGAAAAGCUAUCUUCAUUCUCCAAUUCAGAGGUAGAACUAGGAAAGCAUUGAAGAAGAUUUUUCGGUCGUGGUGUCCCGUCCUUUUGGUAGAAUCCAUGUAAACAACCAUCAACUGUGACAUAUUUACCUUCUGUAAGUUUUCUGCAACAGUAUCAAAUAUCAGCAAUCUUCACUGUGAAUCACCCUAGUUGAUGUUU